AUGAACGCCAUGGCCACCACCAUCAACCUCCGCGCGGCGCCCGUCCGCCUCGCCGGCAAGGCCACCGUCAGGAGGUCCGCCUCCCUCCGCCGCCCGGCCGGACGCGUCGUCGCCAAGGCUGCUCCCGGAUCCUCCGAGCCCGCCAAGUCCGAGAGCUCCGUGGAGACCGGCAGGCUCGCGCUCCUCGCCACCGUGGCGUCCAACCCCGUCCUCUUCGGCGCGCAGGAGGCGUUCGCCAAGGGCGGCGAGUUCGGCAUCUUCGAGGGCCGCACCAUGGCGCUGAUCCAUCCCCUGUUCCUCGGAGGCCUCUGGUUCGCGACCGUGUACGCGGGCUACCUCGGCCUGCAGUGGCGCAAGGUCAGGACCGUGGGCGAGGAGAUUUCGGAGCUCAAAAAGGAGAUUCCCGCGGCCGUCCCCGCCGCGGUGACCGCCAACGGCGAGGUGGAGGCGGCCGCCGCGCCCUCCAUGACGGCGGCGCAGGUCGAGACCAAGAAGAAGAUCGACGAGCUCACCGCGGAGCGCAAGGAGCUCAUCGCCGGCAACUACAAGGAGAAGCACAACAACUGGGGUUCACUGCUCCUGGCCUUUGGCGUCACUCUGGCCGUCGAGGGUGGCAUGAACACCUACCUCCGCACCGGCAAGCUCUUCCCCGGCCCCCACCUCUACGCGGGCAUGGCGAUCACCUGCCUGUGGGCCAUGGCGGCGGGUCUCGUGCCGGAGAUGCAGAGGGGCAACCAGAAGGCGAGGGACCUUCACAUCGCGCUCAACUGCGUCAACCUCGCGCUCUUCACCUGGCAGAUCCCCACCGGCCUCGAGAUCGUCGGCAAGGUGUUCCAGUUCACCUCCUGGCCUUGA